CGUCAGCGUAAGACACUCGGUGCUCCUUCUGGGUUUGGUCUCUCUGACCCGUUUCCUCUGCUCUCGCCGUUGGAACUCGACGGAAAAACCCUACCCCGCCGUCGCCCCAUCGUCGAACUUCCCGAUGGCGUCGAGAUGCGCGGCGAGGCUUCCACACCCGCCGUGCGCGGCGCCGCACCACGGUUGGGCGAGCUCGCGGGUCUCGGCACGCCCGGCGCAAUCCGGCGCGUCAAGAGGGCGUGCCGUCGUGUGCGCCGUCAGCUUCAGGCCAUGUAUCGACAUUCACAAGGGGAAAGUUAAACAGAUUGUUGGCUCUACUCUCCGGGAUGCAUCGGACGAUGGCACGGCACUAGUGACAAACUUUGAAUCAGACAAGUCUCCAGCAGAAUUUGCAAAUAUUUAUAAAGAGGAUGGACUUGUUGGUGGACAUGUAAUAAUGCUUGGCGGAGACCCUGCAAGCCGUUCUGCUGCCCUGGAAGCACUACAUGCAUAUCCUGGUGGUUUGCAAGUUGGAGGUGGAAUAAAUUUGGAGAAUGCAAUGUCAUACCUUAAUGAAGGAGCAAGUCACGUGAUUGUAACUUCUUAUGUGUUUAGUGAUGGCAAAAUGAACAUUGAAAGGCUGACGCAACUUGUCGAGCUUGUUGGGAAAGAAAGGCUUAUUUUGGACCUGAGUUGUCGAAAAAAGGAUGGCAGAUAUGCCAUUGUGACUGACAGAUGGCAGAAGUUCAGUGAUGUCUUUGUGGAUGGGCCAACAUUAGAACGUCUUGCUGCAUAUGCAGAUGAGUUUUUGGUUCAUGGAGUUGAUGUGGAGGGCAAAAGGUUAGGAAUUGAUGAGGAACUCGUGGAGCUACUGGGAAGUCAUUCACCUAUCCCGACAACAUACGCCGGGGGCGUGUCAACGAUGGACGACCUGGAGAGGAUCAAGAAAGCAGGCAAGAGCCGAGUCGAUGUCACUGUCGGGAGCGCCCUAGACAUAUUUGGGGGAGAUUUGCCGUACGAUGAUGUUGUCCGUUGGCACAAGGAGCAAAACCUGGUUAGCAAACGGUGAAGAAAUCAGAUGUACACUUUGACCAAUACGGUCAGGUUAUAGGGCUUGUUUGCUGGACAGUGUGGCGCUGACAGUUUGUGUCUUGUGUGACUUCCAAAGCUGAAGCAGAGGUGUCAACCUCGGUGUGGUAGAGGACCACUCGGUAUUCAGAUACUGUACUUUACAUUCUGUUUGUAUUGUAAUGAUAAUAAAGAGAGGCUGGACUGCA